GCCUCCAUUGCUGUUGCCAGCCCAGCCUGUGCCAACACAGGCCCAUGCUAUGCAGCUUUUAUGGUAGUGUGUGCUGCUCCUCCAGGCAGGUUGAAACUCCUAGGGAGUUCAGCUGAUCCAUGGGUCCCUCAUCAUCCCACUGCUGGCUGGGAUGCCAAGCCCCUGGUGACCACCAUGAGGGUCCCACAGUGGUCCCUUCCCCAUAGAAUCAUAAUGUUGGAAAAGACCUCUAACAUCAUGUUCAACCUUCAUCUGCCUUGCUAAGCUGCACCUGGUCUCCUCUCACGACAGAGAUAUUUUAAGCACCAUUUCCCAGUGAGAUUUAACGAAGUCCUGGGGUUCUCUUAGGGGGAUUCUGGAAGCAAGUAUGUUGACCUUGGUGUGGGACUGGAGCCACCUGUGACAGCAGCACCCUGCCACCAUCCCUGCAGCAGUGGAUGUCCGGGGCCAGAACCCCACUUCCUAGCCAGGAUGCUCGCAGGCAGCUGCCUCUGGCCUCACCUCCAGUCCCUCUGAGGCUGGGUUAUUUUUCAAAGUGCUCCAAGGACACGGGUUGUUGUUGCCGAUAAGAAAUGAGGGGCAGCUCCGCCCCAGCAGGAACAGCUUGUCCCUGGCUUCAGCUGACUUCCCAUCUGCCCCAGAAAACACUGUCCCAUCUCAGCAAGCAGCAUCCCUGCAAAUCUGCCACAGGUUCAGCGACCAUGCCCGUGAUGCCACACUUGUGCAGGCUGGUGAUCUGCAUGUUGCUGGAGCUGGGGUCCCUGCUGGUGGGGGCACUGUCCCCAUCCUGCCCCCCUACCUGCCAGUGCUACGACACCUCCAAAGUCUUCUGCUCAAACGAAAGAAUGCGGGAGAUCCCAGAGGGCCUGCCAGGAAGUGCCACCCACCUCUUCUUCGUGGAGACAGCCCUGAGCAGCAUCCACAGCAGGGACUUGGGCUCCAGCACCAUCCUCACCAAGCUGGUCUUCAUCAAUAACAACAUCCAGGAGCUGGAGGCUGGUGCCUUUCAGGGGCUGCCCAGCCUUACUGAGCUGGAGGUGUCAGGCAGCCCCUUGCCAGCCGUCAGCCCUGGGGUGCUGGCAGGGCUGACCAGCCUCCGCAAGCUCUCCCUCAAUGCCAACACCAUCCGCACCCUGCAGCCGGGGCUCUUCACUGCCUCUUGCCGUCUGCAGGACCUGAGCUUGUCAGGGAACAGGAUUGAGGCACUGCCCCCUGGCAUCUUCCGCCCACUCCGGCGGCUCCAGGCCCUGGACCUCUCACAGAAUUUUCUGGCUGAGCUGCCGGAUGGGCUGCUGGCCCCGCUUACCGCCCUCCGUGUCCUCAAGCUCAGUGAAAACCUGCUGGCACAGGUGCCUCCUGGUGCUUUCAGGGCACUUGGCCAGCUGACUGAGCUCCACCUGGAUGGCAACCAGCUGGAGGAGCUGCCCUCCGGCAUCUUCUCCGGGCUGGGGGGGCUGCGGCGGCUGCAGCUGCAGCACAAUGCCCUGGGCAGCCUGGUCCCUGACAUCUUCACAGGUCUCCUCAACCUCACUGUCCUCAGCCUGGAGGGCAACAACCUGGCCACCAUGCCUGCCAUCCUGUUCACUGACACCCCUGGCCUCCUCCACCUCUCGCUGGCUCGUAACCAGCUGGAGACACUGCCCCAGGAGCUCUUUGCUAACCUGUCGGUGCUGGAAACCCUGGUGCUCUCACACAAUGCCAUGGAUCACUUGCCCACGGGGGUUUUCCAGGGGCUGGCAGGGCUGACAGAGCUCCAGCUGAGCCACAACAAUCUCUCCAGCCUGCCGGCGAGGCUGCUGGCUGGGCUGCCCCUCCUCACCGCCCUGGUGCUGGACCACAACCGCCUGGCCCGCCUGCCCCCGGGGUUCUUCGAUGCCAACGAUGAACUGGUGCGUGUGGGGCUGUCCGACAACCCCUGGGUCUGUGACUGCCACCUCUCCUACCUCCUGCACUGGCUCCAGAGCUUUGCUGAGCCCCUCAUCCACGGCCAAGCCUUCUGCUCCAGUCCAAGUGCUCUUCGGGGCCAGUCCCUGCUGGAGGUCUCCCGCGGGCAGCUGGAGUGCCCAGGAGCACACGGUGUCCCCCCGGAGGAAGACUGGGACACAGAUGCUGCGGGGCAGUGCACUUACACCAACCCCGAGGGCACCGUAAGCGUGGCCUGCAAUGCCACAGCCUGCCAGCGGCUCAGCCUUCGCCUCCCUCCUCCUGGGCAGGAGCAGGGCUUGGGGCCGGGAUACCGGGGUGCCUGGGUGCUGCGCUCCCGCUGUGGCACGCUGCAGGUCAGUGUCCUUGUCACAGCACAGAGCAGGAACGAGGCCACAUCACCAGGUCUCCCCUCGGUGCCCUAGAGCUUGGGCAGGCGUUUGCUUCUGCUCCGGCAGCCUCCGAACCAGCCUGGGAAAUAAAACAGCUCUCUGUCUUGCUCUGCUACCGCUGCCAUGGUCACCAGCUGUCACCGAGCUCCCUGCAACAGCUGGUCUGGUGGUAUUUAUCCUCUCAGCUAUGUGUUUCCUGUGUGUUUCAAAUAUAAUUAAAAUUUAUCUAGUA